GUAAGCACAUUUAAUGGCUUUCCAAAGGAAAAUAUAAAAGAUGAGUGUUUGGCCAUGAAAACUGAGUUGGAACAUCUUAAUCAAGUAAUACGUUCUGCUGUUAUCUAUCAUGUUUUGGAUAAUUUGGUUGAUAUUAAAGGCCCCAUGAGGAGACUGAUAGAAGCUGCCACAGAGCCAUGUUCUCAUGUUGGAAAGGAAGGCCUCCUAAGAAAAUUGAAACCUUUGGUUACCACAUUCUUCAGCCAUUCCACGCAGAUGCUUAAAGCGGCCAAUUUGAUUCUUGUUACAUGCACUGAAAGGGAAACUGCUGAAGAUAUUGAACAGUGUAUAGAACAAUUUCAUAGACUUCUUGCCACAGUGCCUGGUCUCCUGAGUGAACUGAGCCUUUUUCCAGGAAAUGAUGAUGUGUCUAAAAAAUUAAACUUCUUGUCUCAAAUAUGGUCAAGCACAACAGAAAGUUUGAUGAUGUGUUUGGACAAAAUAUUGGAUUUGCAUGAAUUCCUUGAUGCAUCUGUUCAAGAGAUGAUGAGACACAAAGAAGCAAGUGAAAAAGCUUUAGAUAUGCAGCACUUUGAACAUUUUGGGGGGCACACAUCUAGACUAUGCAGACAAGCAACACAGAUAGUUGAGUUUGUUAAUAGAUUUGUGGCCAAAGCCAGAGAUCCCAUUUUCCGGAAUGGGCUCUUGGUUUUAAUUAAACAGCUGAAAAAUGCCAUAACACAGACAGAAAUUAGCAUAAAUUGGUGUACGGCAAGAAUGACCAGUUUGCAAGCCAAAGAAGAAUAUUCAAAGAGGACAAAGGAAUUGAUAGAGUUUGCUUGUAAUGUCCGAAAGGGGCUAGAUGAAUGUAAUCAGCCAGAUAUUCUUAGUCCACUUCGGGAUGGUGUCCAUGAUUUCAAUAUUCCCAUGGAUUUUCUAGAUGCCCUUGCUUCACAGGAUCCUAUGGAAUUUAGUACACAAAGUUUCAUAAAAGAAAAUAGCUCAAAUAAUGCAGAAUUGCUGGUCGAGUCUUUGGACAAAUUUAAACCAGCCUAUUGUCCUUCUCCAGAAUUUCCCAGAAUAAAUAUUAUAUACCAGAAAGAUGCAGUCAGAAGAGCUAAUUUACACCCACUGAUUAGUGAGCUGACAACAGCAACAAGAAUACAUGAUGCCAUACACCUGAAUAGCAUUUGUGCUGAUUUGCUAGAACUUGCUAACUGUUGUAUUGAUGCAGCUAAAGAAGCCUUACGGAUUGUUGAAUCACCUAUGUCUGAUAAAUUAUUGCAUUACAAAGAAAUAGUGGUGUUAAUCCCUCAUUUUAUUGGAUUAGCUGGAGAAGUAGAGGCAAACCCUGUUCUCAAUUCAGAGCAACUGCUGCAAACAGCUAUGUUGCUUUCUAAGAAGAUUGAUGAGACAAAGCACAGUCUGACUUUCGUUGUAAGUUUUUGGUACAGGCUGGCAAAGCAGUUAGUUGGCUUUAUGCCUCCAUGUAGUUCUCAUGACGAAAUUCAAAGUUUAGAUGAGAUCAUGAAGAUUUUAGAGACGCUGGUUCAGUUAAUUAGCAAAGUGGUCCAUUCAGAUGAGAGAAAAUUGCUCCCCGAGUGUUCCAGCCUUCAGGAAAUUUUCCUACGAGUUCAAAUUCAGUUCACUUGUGUACAAACUAGAACAAAAUAUCUGCUUGAAAAAGCACAGGAUAUUAGUAAACCUCAUCCCGAUUUUGCUAAACAGGACAGUUUUGAUGCAAGUUGCAUUCUGUGGUCUGUUACCAUCCAAGCAUUGUUAAAUAUUGUAGAUCAGUUUAUAGGAAGAGAUGUAUUAGCCUUAAAAGAGUUACAAACUAAAAUGAAACAUCGGCUUUGCUUGCAGAGCACGCUGACAACAGUAUCUGAAAAUUCUGUUAGAAUACAGGAAGCUGCGAAAUUGUCUAUUCUUUUAUGUACUAGACAAGGUAUUGAGAAUGAGAUCCCAUCUCAAACAGAACAGAUCAAAAUAUUGACAGAAUCUCUGCUUCAAGUUGCAAAUGCUCUGGCAGUCUCUCCAAUAGCUGCUCCCAGUUUAUUGGUUCAGUUCGAGGUUCUCCAAAGAAAACUUGCCAUAACAGUCAAAGCCGUCUUGCUUCAACUGAAUGGACUCAAUGGAGAAUACUUGAGUAGCAUCCAGAGUGUUGUCAAAUUAAGCCAAUUUAUAUCACAUGGCACUGGAAGUGACAGUGACCUCAUCCAAAAGGAGACCUUUGGAAGAAAGGCAGCCUUCCUCAAAGCAAAUAUCCAAACAGUGGACAAAGUCAUCCGGGAUGCACUGGAGGAGCCAUCCAAAUUUCUAAAGCCGAAAGAGAAUGUACUCACCACUACAGGCAACCUUCUCCUCCUUACUGAUGAAAUUAUGGGACUGGCUGGACAGUUCCAACUAGACCAGCAUCAUCAUCUGGUAGAUAGUCUUCUGUAUGAGUGGUCUGCUAAAGCUGGCUAUCUUGUAAGACAGCUUCAGUCCAUGAAAGGCAUGAGUGAAACAGUUCUGCAAGUUGUUAGAAGGUGCUUACAAAAUGAUGAGGAACAUAUUUAUUCCAUCCAGCCUUCCUCGUUGAAGAAAGAAGAUUGCACGCAGCAUCAGAACACCCCAUCCCAAGGACACAAAGCCAUCAAGGCUGGAGAAGGAUUUUUUCCUGCCUGUAACAAAAUUACCAUGUAUUGGGAAGAUCCUCCAAGUGAUUUCCAGACUGGUCACUCUGAAUGCAGUUUGAGAUCUGGUCCAACCUCAUCACUGGGAGACUCAGAGAACCACGGCUGUCUUAUUUCACAAAUAAUCGAGGAAAUGAGAAUUCAAGUGUCAUACAUGGCUCAGUUUCUAAAAAGGAAAGGGCCAAUCAUGACCAAAGAGGAAGUCAUUGCCACUGCUAUUCGAGUUAUGGCUGGAGGGGAAGCCCUGGUGAAAUUUGCUGGCAGAAUUACAAAGGAUUGCAUAGAUGAAAGACGUGCAGCUGACCUACUGUGUGCCUUGGAGAAAACCAAAACAAUUAACUAUCAACUUAGCAUCAUUACCCGGGUAAUUGCAUCAACAGGUAGCAGUAGGUCAUCUGUGGAACACCUUGUAAGCAAUGCUCAAAAUCUCUUCCAGGGAGUUCUUCAAAUGUUUAUGGCAGCAGAAGCAGCUUGUGUCAAAGGUUUGCAACACCCAUCCCCUCAUACAAAAGAAUCAAAUACAGGUGCAUUUUGCAGCCAAUGGAGGAAGAGUCUUCAGUGAUAUGGGGCCAAGGAAAGUUUGAAUUCAGACAAAGAGAAACUGGGACUCUGCAAAACAGGACUGUGGCCCAGCCCACUUUCACCUCUGUGAUCUUGGAACUUUAUUAUAAUAGCAGUAAAUAGUCCAGUCCCUCUAAAUACAGGUAGUCCUCACUUAGCAACUGCUUCAUUCAACAAUCGUUCAAAAUUAUAACGAUGUUGAAAAAAUGACUUUACAACCAAUGCCCACAUUUAUAACUUUUGCAGUGUCCCCCAGUCACGAUUACUAUUAUAGCCACUAUAUGUUGCUCUCUGUCCUGACCUGUUGUUUUUCUUUUCUUUUCUCCCUGGUAGAUUGGAGCAAUAGGGAAUACAAGAGAAUAAGCUGGUACACCAUCAGGAAUACACAUUCCUUUCAAUGUGUAUGCCCAUUGUAUAUCUUCUUACUCUCUUAUAAUCCCUUUCUUUCCAAUCAAUGUAACUAGAAACAUUCCCUUUUUGCUGGGAUGAGCAGUCCAGAAAGUGGAGGAGUGGGAAAAAGGAAAGCACAGUCACAUGAUUUCCCAUGCUUAACAAUGGAGCUGUUGAACCCAAUAUUGGUCACUAAGUGAGGUCUCCCAGUAUGAUGAAACUAUUGAAAGUAUAAAGCUUAAGCACAAUUAGGAAAAUUAGCAUUAAAAUAGGGAGUUAGGAUGAAUAAGGAAACAUGUUAUCUAAGACAGUUUUACCCCACUUAUUGCCCUCCAGAUUUAUUGACUGCCAAGUCCUAUGAUCUCAGGAGUUCUUGGUGCUCUCUGAUGUUGUUACCAAGUUGGGUAAUGAAACAUCCGCAAGCAAACAAGGGAGCUAAGAGAGCACCAAAGACACCACAAUUCAAGCCUGAGCUACUUGUAUUCUUUCUGUUGGACCCUACUUCACAUGAUUUGGACAAACUGCUAAAAGAGGAUUGUACUCGAAGAAAUGAGCUUCUAGAUGUAAUGUUUUCCGCUUUCCCAUAGGAACAUUUAUUUUUAUCUGUAUUAGUUUUCGCUUACAUAGAAUGUCACGGAAUAUUAUUGCUUGCAUGCUCUUGAUUUUGGUAGGUAUAGACACAUCACAGCAUCGGAGUAUCUUCUCAAAGGCCUUCAUGGUGGCACCACAUGUACCACUUUGUGACAUAUUUCUUGACUGCAUGUUUCUUUACUGCUGAUUAAUUCUUAAAGCAUUAGCUAUCUAUCACUUCAAAAUCUUGGCAGAUUCCCAAGGCAACAUGUGCUGUGCAGAUAGGGUCCUAUCCCUAAAGACUGAAUGCUAAUAUAAAAUAAAUUUAUUCU